AUGGGCCUAAAGGAUUCUCGCUGGGCAUCAGCCCCCACCACUGGCUCGCUUAGGACGUGGCCGCAGAAUGCGCAGCCAUUAUCAUCGUCAACACCAGCAGCGACGCGUCCGGCUCCUGCCUCUACCAGUCGGGCGAUCAAGACUUCUCCCGAGAGGGAAUUGGAUCGAUACCUUAAGCUGGUAGCUCGUCUCAAAUGGAAGCUUUCAUUCCUCUUCCAGGGUUACAGCUUGGCUACAGACCGCGUUGGUCGUUCAACCGACGAGGUCGCUGCCGACGAGAUGCACUUCAAGAUUGACUUUUACGAAUAUUAUAUGCAUAUCGAGCGAGCCUUGGUCCAUCUCAUGGGCGUCUUUGGCAUUGAGAUUACUGGCCUUGCCGACAGUACCCACAACUCCUCCGGCAGAUCGCACAGCCACCGAUUCCACGCCAAUGUUCUCGCUGCUCUCGAGAGGCCGGAUAAUCCGCUGCGGGAAGCUUUGGGUCAAGGAGGGGUCAUGAAACAGCUCUCGAGAGCCAAACAACUGCGCAACCGCUGGAAAAAUGCAGAUGGAGAUUCCGGUCCAGACGAGAAGGGAUAUACACCAGCUCCGCUAGAAGCGUACAACCUCGAGCAGAUAUUGCAAACCAUCUUUGCGGGCUGCGACCAAGCGUAUGCAAUUGCAGAGUCGCACAUUCAGCAGCUUCGAGAUGAUUCCGGGCCUGAUAAUCCCAUGGACUGGGAACGAGAGGAAGAGGACUGGGGCUUCAUUGCAGAUGCCAUGGAUUGGGAGGCUGUUUAA